GCGGAGGGAUAGACCCAGGCUCUUCACACUCACUGCUGCUUGAGAUGGUUCAGUGACGACCUGCUCUGUGGACCCUCUUUCUACCCUGCCUGGACCCCACUUCAGAACCACCAUGAGUAAAUUUGCCAAAGCUCUGUAUGACAACACUGCGGAGUGUGCAGAUGAACUUGCUUUUAGAAAGGGCGACAUCGUCACAGUUAUGGACCAAAAUGUGGCCAACACCAGUGGAUGGUGGAUGUGUUCCCUCUAUGGCCGACACGGACUGGCCCCUGCAAAUCGACUGGAGCUUCUUUCGCCGACAGUGACUGCUGCAGGACACUUAAGGCAUGAUGCAGAAAAAGCCACAUUAAAUACUGCUAAAAAUGGGAAAAACAUCUACCAGAUCCCGAGCGUACCCCGACCCAUCAGCAGCCCCGCCUAUGAAAUCAUGGACAUGGUUUACAAAGUCCCAUCUUCACCUGUGUUAACUCCACGCAGUCAAACGCGGCCAGCGCUGAGGCAGAACACAGAUGGACCUGACCUGAACAAGCCUUCACUCUCAAGCAUUGCAUCCAGUCCCAAAGGGGAGGUUUAUGAUGUCCCGUGCCGAGCAAGACAAGCUUCUCUUUUAGUUGGGUCAUCACCUCCCAGCCAAAUGCCAAAGAAAAAAUCUCUUGUUUCAAAUCCAGGCCUGGAGAACACAUCUGACCCUCCAGAGAAUUUAGGUUGCAACAAUCAAAGAGACUCUUAUGUGUAUGUAGUUCAACCACCUCUGGCUCAGGAUCCAAACUACGACAUCCCUGUUCCUUCAGGCACAGAAUACCAACAUAAGAUUACCAGUGGAUUCAGCACUCUUCCUACUAUCCUCAAGCACGAAAGGAUCUAUGACGUACCAGCGGGUCCCGAGAAGCAAAGUGUUACUCAAAGCAACUACGACACCUUGCCAGCCAGAGCUGUUUGCAGGAAUAUAUACCAAACCCUUCCUGUUCAAAGAGCAAGUUCAGAUUUUUUAAUUUAUGAUACACCAAAACCCUGCACUGUUGACUUGGCCAGUCCCCCUAAAUUAUUCCCCCAAACCCCAUUUUCAAACAGACCUCCAAGUCAACAGCAAACAGAGGAUGAACUAUAUGCCUUUGCAUCCAAAGAAGACCCCCUCAACCAGGUGAUUGGUGAUCAUUUAGGAGAUCACAAACCACUUGAGAGAAGGGGCGAUCCGAGCAAUACUUUGGAAAUCAAAAAGGUGCGCCUGCAGCGAAUGAGGAACUUUUUGGCCUGUACAUCUUUCCAUGACCUUCCAGAAAGUGGAAAUACACUGACAGAGGACAAGCAAUUGCAACCAGGUCUCUCUGCAGAAAUGAAUCAAAGAAUCAGCACGGCAUCCAGCUCUUCCACCAGCUCCUGUGACUCUCUCCCUUUGAGCUCAUCUUCCCCUGAGCUUCAUCGAGAAGUGACACUCAAUCAGGAAGAAGCUUGCCGUAAACUCCGUCAGCUUCAGGAAUCUGUUUGCGGGGCGGUACCUCAGCUCAUGGACUUUGUAAGCAGCAACUGGAGGUGUAAAAAACACCUGGAGGAACACCUGAACGCAAUCAAGGAAGCAACAGAGAGAAUUGUGUCUACUUUGACAUGCUUUCUAAACUUUGUUAUUGAUCUUAAGGGAAAUGCCCGUCGUUUAACUGAUACCAAUCUGCAGACCAGGCUCCAUAAACAGCUGUCCAUAGUAGAGGACUCUGGUGUGAUCCUACAACAAACAGAGAGCUCUCUUAAUGCGGCGGGCUGGAACCUCGACAGACUCUGUCAGGACCCAGGCCAGGUCCAGAACCCUGACCAACUGGACCGUUUUGUCAUGGUGGCACGCACUGUACCAGACGAUGUCAAGCGCCUGGUGUCCAUCAUCUAUGGAAACAGUAAGCUUCUUUUUAAAGCUCCUCAACAAGACCCAGAGCCUGUGAGUGGCAGAUGUCCACAACAGACCAAAAAAAGUCCAGAUAAAACAGAACAAGGACAAGAAUCAGAAGAGGACGACAAUGACUACGUAGAGCUUCAGAAAAAGACUGAGGAAAAUAAGCCAAAAGAGGUGACCAAGUGCCCAAAGGAAAACAUUUCACCGACGUCUAAAAGGGCCGAGAAUAAGCGCAACUCCUCGGACUCUAGCAGCAGCACAGAAGAACAUCAGACACCUUCCCUUUCAGAGCACUGUCGCCUUUAUUUUGGAGCUCUUCAAAAGGCUAUUGGCGGAUUUGUGGAAAGCCUUGAAAAUAACCACCCACCAGAGAAAUUCAUCUCUCAAAGUAAGCUAGUCAUCAUGGUGGGCCAGAGACUGGUGGACACUCUUUGCAGGGAGGCCGCUCGUAGAGGGUCCUGCCAAAGCCUCCUGUGUAAGAGUAACCACCUGUGUGCUCUCCUCAAGCAGCUGGCCGUUGCCACCAAGAAGGCCGCUGUGCACUAUCCAGACAAGCAGGCUUUGCUUGAAGUCCAAGAGUUUGCGAAGGAACUAGCCCAAAGAGCACUGCAUUUUCGGACAUCUCUCGCCCUCUGAAAGUGUAUGCAUCAAACUGAUUUGAUUGUAAAACAAAUACAAAUGUAUCACUCAUCUUAGUUUGUUACUUGUUGGAUUUUUUACAUUUCUAUGAAUUCUGACCCACAGCAUUUGAGACAUGUUGAUUUAAUAACAAAUGCAGAUGUUUAAAAAAUGUUAAAUAUGGAUGAGUAGAGAGGUUUCCUUUGUAUUGAACAUGGAGGAUUUCAUUGCACAUUGAAGACACUGUAAUAUUGUUGAUUUUUAAAUGCAAUUUCAGGAUAAGGUUUAAAUGAGGUUUUUCUGUAUUUCACACCUUUUUACUUUAAAUGUGGUUUGUCAUGUUGAGUUUGCUAUUUUAAGUUCUAGUUAAAGAGAAUUUAUUCUUCAAAGUAAAUAUUUGAUACGUUUUGUCUUUUGUAAAUAUCUUUGUAAAUUUUUGUAACAAAAUGUCUUUGGCAUACUCAAAGUUUAAUGUCCAAAAUCAAAAUACAUGUUGCAUUUUUACUGAUAUCAAUAUAAAAAAACUGAAAAGUUA